AUGAUAGUUUCAUCACCAGCUGAUUCCGUAACUGGUAAUGGUGUGAGAGCCUCAGAUGUAAAUUCAGCAAAGGCAUGUCAUUCCAAACUGGCCAAGAAUUUAAUAUUCGAGAAAGUUACAUCAUUGUAUCGGGGAAAGGGAGAAGAUGGAAAUUUGUAUGAAACGCAAAUCGAGAGCAUGAUGGAUCUACAAAUGAAAUCCGUGAUUAAGGAAUGUACAGGAGUUUCCUUAUUGUUCAACCCGACAGAUAUCAAAUCGUAUCGAUUGGCCCUUUCUUCAGAGUCUGAUUUGCUCGAGUUGUCGAAAAAGAGUCAAUUCGAACGUGUCAUUGAAGAGAUUUCCAAGUUACCGUUGAUGUCAUGUCAGCACAAAGUGGUUGAAUCGCUUGUUGGAAAAGAAGCCCUUCUAUUUGUGGAAAGAAAACUGCAAGUGACCACAAGUCUCAUCGGUGACUACUUGAAGGAAACAUUGCAUAAUGUUCCAAAUAGCCAAGGCGAAGUGACAUGUGCAAAGAGCAUGAACCAAAUAUUUAAGUCCUUAGAUACCAUGCUCACCAAAGAGGAGAAGCUAUCAUUGACCGAGCUGAUACAAGUGAUACCCAUUGGAGGUUCAUUGGUAGUGGUUUCAUCGGACAAGCAACAAGGGGCUGUUUCAUUAUUUGAAAAUCUUGUUGGCCCUCACGAGUAUGUCAUUUCAAUAUCAUGGCUGUUCAUUGCUGUCAUGGCAAUUUCCGGAGUGAUUAUGCAUUGCAUUAAUGUACGCGUUCAAACAGCACUCAAAAAUCAAAUUGAAUGUGUCAAACAAGAAAAGUUGCAACAAGAAAUUGUCUUCAAUGAAAAGGAAAAGAAUUUACAGCAAAAUAUCUCAAAUUUGAAUACAAAUUUGGAGAGAAAGGAAAGUGAAAUUGUAGAAACCAAAACAUUUUAUGAGCAACAAGUCGAGUUGGAGCAUCAAAAGCUCGUUGAAUUUGAAAAUAAGGCCUCACAGAUUCAAGAACAAAUUUGCAACGAGAAUAAGCAAUUGGAAUGUCUUCUCAAAGAUCAGGAACUCAAGGUCUCCACUUUGUCCAAUAGUCUCGCUACACUCUCCCAAGAACGAUCGCAAAUUGAAAAAGAAAAACAGCAAUUAAUGAAGAAAACUGAAAUUUUGGAUAGCAGUUUGAAAGGUACCAUAGAAGAGAGCACUGAGUUGCGUGAUCUGUGCAAUAAUUUGAGAGAUCAAUUGAGAGAAAAACACUCCCAGUUGGAUAAGGCCUUUGCCAAGAAUAUUGAACUGCAGGAAUCCAUCGACCUAUAUGGUACUGAAUUGAAACGUAUGAGAGAUGUCAUUGAGAAUGUGUCAGAGCAACAUUUAAAAAACACAACAGAGAAGCUACAACUCGAAGAAGACUAUCGAUAUCUAACCAUGGAAAAGCUGUCGUUCGAACAAGAGAGAAAGGACUAUCAAGUCAAAAUUGAACAACUUGUACAACAACAAGCUCUCACCGAACAAUUUAUUGAGUCUGAAAAGGAACGUCUUCAACAAUUGUUUAAGCAACUCGAGGAUGAAAUGACUAGAAUUGAGAAGGAACAUUUACUCAAUGUUUGCCGAAUGACAGAAAACAAACAAGUCAUUCAAUUGGAUAAAGAAGCCACCAUCAUUGCUCAAAUCUUGAAUCUGAAAAAGAUGGUGUCACAAGCCAGUUUAAUGGGUGGAGUGAUGAUGUCUUCACCAAGAAGCCCUUCCUCACGCAACAAUUUCAACAAUGCUACAAGUGCAACUUUGACCUUACGAAAAGACAGAGACACGAAUGCAGCUGAAUCCAAGCAACAUGCCACGAGUACCUCAAAGGAAAAAGACAUGAUCUACACAAGCAUGCCUCCGUUGAGGGUAUUUAGCUCACCUCGAAAAUUGCAAUAA